GGGCACAGGUGGGUGGCACUGCUGGGCACAGGUAGGUGGCACUUCUGGGCACAGGUGGGUGCACUGCUGGGCACAGGUGGGUGCACUGCUGGGCACAGGUGGGUGAUCUGCUGGGCACAGGUGGGCGGAGCUAGUGGGCGCACUGCUGGGCACAGGUGGGCGGAACUUGUGGGUGGCACUGCUGGGCACCGAUCAUCAGGGCACUGAUCAUCAGUGCCCUGAUGAUUGGUGCCGAUCCUCGCUCUGACAACUGCCGGUUCUCGGCAGUACUUUCCUCGCGAUCUGACAGCGUGAGGAAAGUGCAGCCGAGAACCGGCACUUGCAU